GUGGGGGGCAGGGGUGGAUUUCAUGCAUGGGAGGCAUCACCCAAGUGAAGAAGGACUGAGAAGCAGAACAGGGGACCAGGCCCACAUCACCAGUGAGCAAGCUGGAGGUCCAGAGAAAGCAGGCAACUAACCCUACAGGGCUAGCUGUCCCCUGGCCCCCUACAAAGCUGGGACGGUGUCUGGGGGGACCUGGAGUCACCAAGGAGAUUGGCAAUCUGGGCCUUGGGUGUGUUGGGGGUCAACCCCUUCCAUCAGCACAGUUUGGUGUAGGGUGGGUGGGUACCUGAUGGAUGGAGACCAAGGAACGAUGCUGUGAAGCAUGGGGACACACAGCCACUGGGGACGAGAAAGAAGAGGAACAAAUACCGAGGGGGAAAGGAAGUGGGAGUGUGAGAGAAAGACCGAAAGGCACAGAGAUCCCAGGAUGAACACACAUACAGAACAAGAUCAGGAAGUUGCAGAGUCGGAAGAAUUUUCAGGAGCAACCAUUUUUGGCUUCCUGUUUCAAAACACGUGUUCUUGGAAGCCUUCAGGAACAGCACUCUGCCUGAGCCGAGCGCUCCACGCACAGCAUGGGGUCCUGCCCAGACCCUCCAUCUGGGCAGAACCGGGCCCUGUGAUCCCCUGGGGGCAGCCUGUGAACAUCGUGUGCCAGGGACCCGCUGAGUCUGCCACAUUCCGCCUGGAGAAGAAGGGAACAAGCUCAUAUAAAGAUGAGGAGAACCCAGGGCAGGAGACGCAGGCCAGGUUCACCAUCGCCAAGGUGGAUGAAGACACUGCCGGGCUCUAUCACUGCCGCUAUCAUACCUAUGCCAGCUGGUCUGAACCCAGUGAGGACCUGAAGCUGGAGGUGACAGGAGACUCACAGAUGCAGGAGGAAGACAGUAACAGUCCAAGUCUGUCGACAGAGCAUGUUUUUAUCCUCACUGGGGUCUCCGUGGCCUUGUUCCUUUGUGUCCUCCUCCUAGCCCUCAUCUUCCUCUAUUGUUGGCACCAGAAAAAACACAGGCCCCUCGGCUGCGAAGGUGAGGAGCAGAGGCCCCAGGAGAGGGUCAGCCCGGCCAUUGACAUGCUAGAGAGGACACCAGAUCUGGCCACAGUCGACAGACUUCCUGAAAAGGACAGGGAAAUGCGCGCCCCUACCCCGACAGCAGGAGGCCCCUCGGACGUGACCUAUGCUCAGCUGGACCAGCGCAUCCUUGCACAGAGGACAGCCCGAGCCGCACCCCCACCGUCCAUGGAGCCCACGGCUGACUUCAGCACAUAUGCGGCCCUCGCAGGACACUGACUCCAGGCCCAGCUGGCCUCUGCCCCUUGACACACAGGAAGCCAUUCCCGCAGAAGCGUGGAUUGGCCAUUUGGAGGGCCUCCGAAUGGGAUCAUCCCUUCCCGGAAAGCCACACAGUCAGAUUUCCUGGAAGCAAGUGCUGGAGUCAGGAGGCCCCCAGUCAACAUCUAGGAGACUUGGGAGCUGUGUGGUCCCCCCCGAAAAUCAGCUAGAUCCUCGAGAGGAUCGAGAGAGUGUGUAGCACUUACUUCCAAAGACCCAGCUACAGACUCCUGGCUGUUUCCAGAGACCCAGGUAUAGUCACUUGACUGUUUCCAGAGACCCACUAUGGUCCCACAGUCACGCAGAUGGAUUCCAGAUGUGUCCUAUGCAUCCCUAACUGCCCCCAGAAGUUCUGUUUAAAUUGUCCACUCUGCUGACUCUAAAGACCUUCCAGAAUUCUGAAGCUGACCUUGAACCUAUACUUAGGAAGCAGAUAGGCAAGACCCUGUUUUCUGGACUAUGCUUCUCUUUGUUCAUCAAUAAAAGUUCUCACAGGCCCUCCCUGCAGCAGCCCUGUGCAGGGAGGUUGGUCCUGGUCUCUGCUCAAAGCUCAGAGCAGGAAAAAAAGACAAAGGAUGCAUCAGUGUUCUCUGAACUGAGAGUCCCAGGGAGGCGUGAGGCCGCUGCUGAGGGGACGCGUUCCUGAGCAAACGUGCAGAUGAUACAGCCCUACACUCCACACAUGCACGCAUACACACGCAUCCACAAAUAUGUCCAUGCACACACAGAUGCACGCACCUGCACACGUGCACACACGCUAAUGGACAUACAUAUGGACCCUACGAGGGAGCUGGUGAGGCUGUGACUGCGCAGAGAGGACCCCUGAGGCUUUCAGCCCGCGCCACAGAACAUGGCAGCUUCCCGUUUCCUGUCCCCACUCCAGGCCCGUCCACACUGAACGCCGUGCCUUCUUCAAACACAACAGCACCAUUCAGCUCUAAGACUUUGUCCUUCAUGUGACUUUCACUCCCUCACCCAGCUAACGCCCUUCGAGUUUGGGUUUGGACGUCAUUCUUCCUAACAGGGUUGCAACAGCUCCUCCAUGUAAAGUGAGGGUAUCGGCCUCCCACGGCUGCUGCAACAGAUCACUAUACUCUCGGUGGCUUUGGACAACACAAUUUAUUAUCUUACAUUC